UCAUUAUUUCUUCAUUUCUUGCAGGAGAAAAUUUUGACCAGAGUCCCUUAAGAAGAACCUUCAAGUCCAAAGUUUUGGCCCAUUAUCCUCAGAACAUUGAGUGGAACCCCUUCGAUCAAGAUGCCGUCAACAUGCUGUGCAUGCCCAAAGGGCUGUCAUUCAGGACACAGGCAGAUAACAGAGACCCACAGCUCCAUUCGUUCAUCAUCACCAGAGAAGAUGGCUCUCGUACUUACGGGUUUGUGCUCACCUUCUACGAGGAGGUCACGAGCAAGCAAAUCUGCACAGCCAUGCAAACACUCUACCAGAUGCACAACGCCGAGCAAUACAGCAGCGUCUGUGCCUCCUCCUCGUGCAGCAUGGACUCCCUGGCCAGCAGCAUCGAUGAGGGCGAUGCCACUUCCCUGGCUAAGCUCCAGCGGUACAACUCCUACGACAUCAGCAGAGACACACUGUACGUCUCCAAAUGCAUAUGCCUCAUCACCCCUCUGCCCUUCAUGCAAGCCUGCAAGAAGUUCCUGAUCCAGCUCUACAAGGCGGUGACCUCCCAGCAGCCUCCGCCUCUGCCUCUGGAGAGCUACAUCCACAACAUCCUCUACGAGGUACCCCUGCCGCCCCCGGGGAGGUCGCUGAAGUUUUAUGGGGUUUACGAGCCCAUCAUUUGCCAGAGACCUGGGCCCAACGAGCUGCCACUCUCUGACUACCCCCUGCGGGAGGUCUUUGAGCUGCUGGGCCUGGAGAACCUGGUCCAGGUUUUCACCUGCGUUCUUCUGGAGAUGCAGAUCCUUCUGUACUCACAAGAUUAUCAGCGUCUGAUGACGGUGGCAGAGGGGAUCACGACGCUGCUGUUCCCAUUUCAGUGGCAGCACGUGUACGUCCCCAUCCUUCCUGCCUCUCUCCUGCACUUUCUGGAUGCUCCUGUUCCCUACCUGAUGGGGCUGCAGUCCAAGGAGGGAACCGACCGCUCCAAGCUGGAGCUGCCUCAGGAGGCAAACUUGUGCUUUGUAGACAUCGAUAACCAUUUCAUUGAACUGCCAGAGGAGUUCCCCCAAUUCCCCAACAAGCUGGAGUUUAUCCAGGAAAUCUCCGAGGUUCUCCUGCAGUUUGGGAUCCCACCGGAGGGCAACUUGCACUGCAGCGACAGCGCCACCAAACUCAAGAACCUGGUCCUUAGCGACUUGGUGAACGACAAGAAGAACGGGAACAUCCCCAGCAACGCUCUCAACAUGUAUGAGCUGCUGAAAGGCAACGAGACGAUUGCCCGGCUGCAAGCCCUGGCCAAGAGAACAGGUGUGACAAUGGAGAAAAUGACCAUCACGGCUCCCCUUGCUGAGAAGGAGAAGGACGGGAAAUUGCCUUGCGAGGAGAUGGAGCUGAGGGACUACAAACUGAACGUGCAGCUCCGCGAGGUUUUUGCCAACCGCUUCACUCAGAUGUUCGCAGACUACGAGGCUUUCGUCAUUCAGGCUGCCCCCGAUAUGGAGUCGUGGCUGACAAACAGGGAACAAAUGCAAAACUUUGACAAA